AGCGUCAGAUUGAAAAUAAUCCUGAAAUCAGGCAAGUUACAGAGAAUACACAGAAAGCCUUAUUUCAACAAGGAGAAGAGAGUGUAGGAAGCCAAUUCUUGAAGACCAGAAACUUCUCCUACAGCUGAAGAAGAAGAAGACUCCAAUCCGCCAUGGUUCUUUUGCAACCAGACCCAUUCCUUAAUGAGCUUACAAGCAUGUAUGAACGCAGCACUGAAAAAGGCUCUGUCUGGGUCACCCUUAAACGCUCAUCCAUGAAGUCUAAGGUGAAGAGGAAUAAAAUGAAAAGUGCUGGUGAAGCUAUUGAAUAUAGAUGCCUUGUUCGGGCCACUGACGGUAAAAAGACUAUUGCAACUAAGGUAUCGGCAAAGGAUCACCAACGGUUUCAAGCUUCUUAUGCCACUGUUCUCAAAGCCCACAUGCAUGCUUUAAAGAAGAGGGAAAGAAAGGACAAGAAGAAAGCUGUAGAAGGUGAUAAGAAGCGAGAAGGUUCCAAGAAGCUUGCUUCUUCUACAUCUUCUGCCUAAAUCAGGCUUUAUUUAAGACUGUUAGGCAUUUAAAGAAGAGGUCCUGCCAAAACAUUCUUAAAUUCAGGUAGUUAAAGAGGGUUGUGUUUCCUUUUCACAUUUUCUUCCUAGUGUUUUCAAUGAUGACACAU